AUGAGACAUGUUCAACUUGGAACUAGCGGUCUCCGCAUUGCCCCUAUCGGAGUGGGAUGUAUGAGCUUCGGGAAUCCCGAUGGCCGAUUCAAAUGGGCAAUCCCAGAAGAACAAGCUCUUCCAAUUCUCAAUCACUGUUAUGAAUCCGGCCUCAACUUUUUCGAUACUGCCAACGCAUAUUCGAACGGUCAAUCAGAGGAGAUUUUGGGCAAGGCCAUCAAGAAGUAUGGCUGGCGUCGGGAGAGCCUCGUCAUUGCAACCAAACUUUGGGCGCCCGUCGGUCGUGGGCUCGAAGAACCACUCGCGAUGAGUGAGGAUCAGCGGGACAACGGCGGUUACCUCAACCAAUAUGGUCUGAGUCGCAAGCACAUUUUCGAUGCUGUCGACGCGAGUCUGAAGAGACUUGAUCUUCCAUACGUCGACCUGCUGCAAAUCCACCGAUUCGACCCAAACACCCCAGUGAAAGAGACUAUGGAGGCGCUCCAUGAUGUUGUCAAGUCUGGCAAAGUUCGCUAUAUUGGCGCCUCAUCCAUGUGGGCUCAUCAACUGCUCGAAUACCAAUACACCGCGCGAAUCCAUGGGUUCACUGAGUUUAUCUCGAUGCAAAACCUCCACAACGCCAUCUACCGAGAGGAAGAACGGGAAAUGUACCCAGCCUGUCAAAAGUUUGGAAUCGGUGGAAUCCCCUGGAGUCCAGUCUCGAUGGGUUUCUUGGCUAGGCCUUGGAACUCAUUCUCUACUACCACGCGUGGUGAGGGUCAGAAUGCAGGGUUCUUGGGCACCCCGUACUCUGAUGCUGACAAGGCCAUCAAUCGUCAGAUAGAAGAGAUUGCUAAGAAACGAGGUGUGUCUAUGGCUACUGUUGCCAUCGCUUGGUCUUUGUCAAAGCCAUUCAUUACUGCGCCGAUCUUGGGAAUGAGCAAGAAGGAGCGGGUUGAUGAGGCUGUGGCAGCUAUUUCAUUUGAUUUAAGCGAGGAGGAGGUAAAGAGCAUUGACGAUAUCUAUGUACCUAAGAGGGUUACCGGACAUCAGUGA